AACAAAAGAGAGCCGCAAGCUAAUCAAAACACAGAGAAGCAGAAUCCUCAGUUUUUCUUUUCUUUUUUUAAUUUCUCACGAUAAUGCAAUUUGUGUUGUGUGGUUUUCAAAAUAAAAUUUACUCAUAUUUUAUCUUCUAAAAUAAAAUAAAACAAGUUAAACAAAAUUUCUGACAGCCAACAAAUUUGUGCCUAUUGCUUAAAAAGCUUUUAGCUAUUUGAGAGAAAAAGUUGUUUUCUUGUUAAAUUCUCUUUUGUAAUUUUAAAAAGAAAAAUAGAUUUUUUAUAUAUGGAAACGCCAUCAACCGCUAGUAAGAGAAAACAACAGACUCCAAAGAGAAGGAAGAAGAAGAGGAUUCAAUAAAUAAUUAAAAUUUUCUUAAGUUAACUUGUGGGUUAAAUUGACUUUAUAGAAAUUUUUUUAUCUGGGUUUGAUCGGUUGAUGGAUUUUAAGCAGGCCAGAUUGAGCACCGGUUAAUUUAUAAUUUAUGGAUUGUAAAUUGUUUUCGAUAUGUUCGUCUGUGUAUCUGGUCUGCUGGAGUUUGUUUGUGAUUUCUGAUGGAAGAAAUGAACUUAAAAAGAGUUGAACUUGGUUGAUGGAUUUUAAGUGUCCUAUGCUAGUGAACUUUUCGAGUUUAUCAUUAGAUUUCGAGCAUCAAGUGAUAGAAUUAGAUUUCGAGCAGGGUCUAUAAGACUGGUAGAUAAGGAUGGGCUUGCCUCAAGUAUCCUCCAGCAGCAUUGCUGAGGAAAUGGCAGUAUCUUUGACCACAUUGGCAGCAAACCCACCCCGGAUUGUUGGUCUAAGCAAUCGCGAUUUGAGUGGGAUGCAGAUAGGAAAUGCUAGCAAUAGAAUUCAGAGGGAUUUACCAUGCUUUUCGUUUGGAGAUGUCCAAAAGAAAACCAUUACAGAGCAAAAGAAUGGUUGGUAUACUCAUGUAGUUGGACAAAAUAUUAAAAAACCUAUUCCUAGGAUUGUAGGUUUCGAAUCAAGGGGAUCCAUAGUUAGUAGCAGUUCUGAUUCAGUUGAGCCCAGUGGAUCACUGGUCAGGAAGCGGUUAUCGUCUCCUUUGAAUGGAAUGCUUCUUUCAGAUAAAUUUUGUGGUGAUUUGUUAGACAUUGGUGACAAUGCUUAUAAGAGUAACUUGUGGAGUGGCAAAGACGAUCGUAAAGUUUAUGUGUCACAACAAGAGCAUAAGAAAGCUCAUAUUGGCAGUUCAAAUUACAUCAAUUCUUCAAAGUCAUGUCUAGAAUUGAAGAAUGUGCAGGAUGAUAAUCGUCAAACAAACUGUAUUUUUCCCUCUGAUGGUCCUGCAUUGGACAACAAAGAGUUGAAGCCUCUUGGUCAGUUUUUGUCACCGAGUGGACAAAAUCAUUCUGGAGAAACAAUGAAGUUACGGUCCCAAACUGGGGCUAUUUCUAUACCUGCGAACAAGGUUGAGUCAUCCCUCAAGUCAUUGUCUCCCCUUGGUCCAAAACUUCCUGAGAGAAUAAAAUCCGCAGGAUUAUCCUGCAGUGCGACAAAAGAUUUAAUUGGCGAAUACUUGACCUUAAAGGACAUAGAACAGUCUCUAGAUGGAACUUUCCCUGGCAUUUUAUCCUCCCAAAAGGAUGAGAACUCGAGGAUGUUGCAUGAAUCGUUGCAAGAGUAUGAUAUUUCGCAAAAAGAAUUUGAAGAUUCACACCCUACUACUCCACGGGUCAAAGUGAGUAAAACUCUCAGUGGAUUGCCUGUUAGAAGGUCCUUGGUUGGUUCAUUUGAGGAGUCCCUUUUAUCCGGUAGGCUACUAUAUGGUAAAGUUAGUCAGAGAAUUGACGGGUUCCUUGCCGUUGUUAAUAUCACCGGAGGGGAUUUCUCACCACAAACCAAGAAGCUUCCAUUUGGGGUAACAAGUGUGGAUGGAGAUAACUAUUUGCUAUACUAUUCAUCCAUAGAGCUCGCGGGGCAUUCACUGUCAAACAAAUGUAAUGGUACAAAAAUGAGGAGGAGUCUAAGCAUUGAUGAUUCACCUGCAGAAGCAAGCAGGUUACGAAUUCCUAUGAAAGGGCGAAUACAAUUGGUUCUUAGUAAUCCAGAAAAGACACCUAUCCACACUUUCUUUUGCUGCUACGAUCUAAGUGACAUGCCAGCCGGUACUAAGACAUUCAUGCGCCAAAAGAUCACAUUAUCCUCAUCUGGACUGAACGGGCUGAGUAGAGAUUCUGACACGAAAAAUGACGCAAAGCAAUCUUUAACUCUGGAUAGUAGUCAUUCUUUAUCUCUGAAUCACAAUAGUAAAUGUAUAAAUACUGGCAUGGAAGACAACGGCCCUCCAAAUUCUUCCAGUGUACCUGCGGUUAAAUCUGUACAUAGUCCUCCAAAGACCAAUGGAAGUACUGCUGGGACCGGUGUUCUCCGAUAUGCACUUCAUCUCCGUUUCUUGUGCCCGGCUCCCAAGAAAUGUACAAGGUCUGUUAGGAGAUGCAAAUCCGACCCUUCAUCCGCACCAGAAGGAAUCAAAAUGGACGCACAAGGGUUUCGCCGCUUUUACCUGUACAGCAAUAUGAAGGUGGUGUUCCCACAGCGGCAUUCAGAUUCCGAUGAGGGCAAGUUACAUGUAGAAUAUGAUUAUCCAUCAGAUCCAAAGUACUUCGACAUUUAAAAAGCUUAGUAGAUUAUGAUCUCCAAAGUUGGUUAUACAACUCCUGUACAAAUUAUGUACAUUACAUGCAAUUUACAGUCAUUCUCAACAAUUGUAUUUGUAGUUUGUGAAUAUUCUUUAUUCUAAUAAAUUGUAAUUAUUUCAUUUGAUGAUCAUAA